AUGACAAGAACAAACAAAUGGACAGUACAUGAAGCGAAAUCGAAUUCUAAGUGGUUCACUCAUCAUGGCCCAAUCAAUUGUGAUCCAACAAAAGUUAAGAAGCUGGGAGCAGGAAAGGGAAACUGGGGUAAGCCUGGAGAUGAAAUGAAAGAUGACUCAGAUAUGAAUAUGGUAACUAUGUUCGGACAAUCGGAAAGAAGGAAUUCAAAUCAUAGUCAGAAUGAGCAAGAUAUGAAAAUGCUUAAUGAACAGUUAGACCAUUCCAUGUUUACUAUGUAG